UGUUGGCGAGCGCUCCUAACACGAUUAUUGCGGCAGUAAUACUGAGGGGUUCUGGAAUUCAUUAAUUAAAGCUUAAGAGCUUGUCUUUUCCCCUGCUUUCAAAAGAACCGUUGUCAGUGUUGUAUUAAAUACUGUCUCACGCAAGUCUUGGACACAUCAAAUUCAUGCUCAUCGCCUUUUGGUGUAAAACAACGUACGACGUGAUCUUAGACGGCGUUCUGAGCUCAUGAGAACAAGAGGGAAAAUAGAGAGCAAAGAAACUGCAUCCUUGGAUCUAUAUCUUGAGCUUCAUCUGAGAAAUAAUGGGGCUUGGGGAGGCUUCAGCAAGAGGGACCAGUAUGGAAGGCGACUGCCUCAGCUGUAUCAAGUACCUCAUGUUCGUCUUUAACUUCUUUAUCUUUCUGGGUGGUUCAUUUCUCCUGGGAGUGGGGGUAUGGGUGCUGGUGGACCCCACAGGCUUUAGGGAGAUCAUGGCUGCCAACCCCCUCCUCUUUACUGGAGUCUACAUCAUACUGGCUAUGGGCAGCAUGCUCUUUCUACUGGGCUUCUUAGGCUGCUGUGGAGCCAUAAAAGAGAACAAGUGUCUACUGCUCUUUUUCUUCAUACUUAUCCUCAUUAUAUUCCUGGCUGAGCUGGCUGCUGCCAUACUGGCCUUUAUAUUUCGGGAGCAUCUGACCAAAGAGUACUUUACAAAAGAAUUGAGGAAACACUACCAAGGCUACAAUGCUUCUGAUGUCUUUACCUCUACAUGGAAUGCCAUUAUGAACACAUUUGAUUGCUGCGGAGUGAACAGUCCUGAGGACUUUAAAGAGAGCCUCUUCAGCGUCCUCAACCCCAGUGAGAUGGUGCCCGAGGCCUGCUGCCGUAGGAACAGUCACCUAGGAGAUGUGAGCUUCAGCAACAAGGAGGAAUGUAUCUCGGGCAACAUGCUGUACCGUAAUAACAAGGGGUGCUACUCAUCGGUUGUGGACUACUUUGAGUUGUACAUUUAUGUGGCUGGUGCCCUGGCUAUUGUUGUACUCACUAUUGAGCUCUUCGCCAUGGUCUUUGCCAUGUGUUUGUUCAGAGGAAUUCAAUAAGACAAGCACAAAACUGACUUUCUCACAAUUAUUAAAGAAUUCAAUGAAAAAUGAAUCAUCGAAAGCCCUGUACUUCAUAGCUGGACCUUUGAGGUGCUAGGUAACAAAAACCAAAAAAGCAAAAAAAACAAACAACAACAAAAACAACAAAAAAAGAAAACUUGGAUUGUAGAGAAGCAGACUGGACCUGCGCAUGGAGGGCCAUGUGGAAGCUGAACCAGGUGUGAAAAUCCAGUUGAUGCCUGGAAAGAAGUGGACAAUUGAUAAUGCACUGAUCCUGGACUAAAAGUAUUUAUACCAAGUGAUGGUGACUUGUUUUUAUAGGUAUUUGUGAUGUUAUCUUAAAAAUAAACAAAAAAAGGCAGAAAAUCACACUGCCUGUCCAAAACACUCACUGCCAUAUGGCAUUGUCAUUGCAGACACAUUAUAGUUGCUCUGAUCACUUAUAUAAGUAACCAUUCCUGUUAUUGUGAAUCCACCUGUGUUUGUCUUUCUUCUACAUGCUUUUCUUUUUUAUUGUGAUGUUUACUGCAAUGGUGCUCAUAUGUGAUUUAAGAUGAGAAUUACAUGUGUGAAUAUAUGUCAAAGCUAAGAAUGCCAUUAAAUAAAUU